AUGGCGCACUUAGCCAAGCUGGGGCUUCUCACUGAUGAGCUCAUCACUGCCCUAACGGGCAUCACUGAGCAGAAUGACCCCCAGAAUUUUCGUCUCUGCAGAAAGUUUGCUGCACGGAGUCUAAAGCACCAUAACUAUGGCCGGACAAACCAAUUCGAGGUUGCUCAGCGAUUGGAUGGCCUCCAGGAAAAGCUCAGUAUCUUGAAUUGCGACGAGUUAGCCGAUGCUAUCGAGGACCGUCGAAAUGAAGACACUCUUUUGCGCUACAAUUGGGCACCAGAGGCGCUCUCCUUAAUUCUGGAACUCUCGAAUAAGCCUGCGACCAAUUCCCGUCUGGAGGAUCUAGAGGCGCUUAAACCUCCCCCAUCUCCGCCGCCGUUGACGUGGGAAGAUAUUAUAUCUGAAGAUCCUUUGGACGAGGAAGGCAUUUGGGAUGAGGUGGACUUUGGUGCCGAGUCGUCAGAGGACGAGGAAUUCGAGCGAAGGAGCUUUGAUAGAAGCGUUUCAGGCGAUGAAACACAGCCUUCAUCGGUGGCCGCUGAAGAGAACGAGGCUCAGAAUCUCGAAGUUACACUGUUGCAACCCGAUCAAUCAAUCCUGGACCACAUCUCAAAGGCACAAUUCUGGAAUCACAGGACACGGCCUGCAAAAGAAGAUGUUGAUCUAAUAGAAACCGCAAUAGAUCUCAGCAAAACAUGGAAGCUCUCCGAGAUGCAGGCUCUCCGAGAGGUGCUUUUUAUGCUUUCGGGCCUUCCCACCUCUCUGUUCUCAUGUGAUACUUCAACAGGGGUCAUCAAGCCUGUAGAAAAGUAUGCCUUGGGCCAUACCUCUUAUGACUCAUUCCAAGGACUUUUGGCCGCUUUCGCAAACUUAGGAACGCAGGUACAGACAGUGCGGCAAUGGACGAGCCUUGAACAAUCCAUUCCGCUACUACAAAGCUUGAAUGCAUCAAUAAGCAGCCGACUCAAAAUUCUACAACAGAAGCUACUCCAAAUUGAAAGCCGAUUUGUGCACCUUCGCAAACAAGUCGUGGUUAGCUUGGUGGAUGUUUAUCACCGUGUUCAAACUCCGCUUCUCCCUCUGCUGAUGCUGGCAGACCUGCUCCCUGCGCUCAAGGAGACAGCAGGCGAAAAUCCCUUCAAAUGUCUGGAAAAAUUAUUUCACCAGACAAGCCUCGUCCAUUUGGCAGGCGAUGAUGUCAGUUUCCCGUUUAUGACGAGUUUGUUCCUUGACUGCUUCAACACGUACUUGCGACCAAUCCGAGCUUGGAUGGAAAGCGGAGAAUUGUAUUACAACGAAGAGAUUUUCUUUAUUGGUAUGGCUGAGAAAAGCGUCGAGAAUCGAAAUCUCUGGCAUGACCAAUACUUUUUGCGACAGGAUCACCGAGGCCGGCUUCAUGCUCCUGAAUUCCUUCGAGCUCAAGCGAAGAAAAUUCUCAACACGGGGAAGAGCGUCGUAUUUCUGAGGCGCUUGGGAAUAUUCGGCAGCAGGCCUGCGGCUUUGGAAGACGAGCCAUAUUUGGAUUAUGCCGCAGUGUGUGGGACAGACAACUCCAUCCCAUUGGCGCCAUUUUCAGACCUGUUCGACGAAGCUUUCGAGAGAUGGCUCGACAGCAAACAUCACUCUGCAUCAACUGUGCUUCGGAAUGUUCUCUUUUCCCGAUACGGACUAUUUACUAUCCUCGACGCACUGGAGCAUAUUUACUUCCUGAAAGAUGGCUCGCUCUAUGCCAACAUGCUUACGGUUUUGUUCGAAAAAAUUGAGCGUCGAAAAGAUUCCUGGAAUGAUCGCUUCCUUCUGACGGAGCAGGCUCAGGGUGCUUUAGGCACGCUGGCAUGCAUGGAUCCAAAGAGACUAUUUGUUCGAUCGACGCCUCUGGCAGGCGAAGGCGCAGAGACAGGAGGCACACAUCGAUCCUUGAAAAUGCUUGGUACUAUAAAAGUGGAAUACACUCUUCCUUGGUCAAUUGCAAAUAUCAUAGCCAGGCACACCAUCACCGAUUCCUACCAGCGUGUAUUCACCCUACUUGUCCAAAUUCGAAAUGCUAAAUACCUCCUCGAACGAAGACGUCUCCUCAAGACCGACUUCAUCAAGCCUAACCAUGCAAGCGCCGACUCCAAUUACGACGUUAACUUGCUCUCACUAUCCAUUCGCCACCGACUAUUGUGGCUCGUCAACACGCUUUACUCCUAUCUCACCGAAACUGUUAUCGUAACCAGCACAUUGGAACUACGCUACGACAUGAAUGCGGCCAAAGACGUCGAUGCCAUGAUAUCUGCGCACGAACACUUUGCAGUCAAGCUGCAAGAACAAUGUCUCCUAUCCAGAAAACUCUCUCCAAUCUAUCAAGCUUUAAUGUCACUCCUUGACCUGGCAUUUCAUUUCUCAGACCUCCAUUCUGCUUCUGAGGUAGAUAGGUCUGUGGACCGCUCAGUCCUGUCUGGCAGUCGACAUGACCAAGCCCUUCGUGACAAACAAUACGCCGGUAGAGCUAUGAAGCGGCCAACUGCUAGACUGGACUUCGAUAGCUCUGACGACGAAGAAGCCGACGACAGCAGUGAAUAUGAUGAGCUUGAUCCACGUGGGUCUAAAGGAUCAGGUGCACGCUCCUCCUUACCUUCGAACCGAGUUCCUCUCGCCGCGCGUCUACGCGAAAUGCGCGCAGAGAUCGACCGCCUGUGCGGCUUCGCUGCCACCGGCCUACGUAGUGUCAGUCGAGCAGGCGGUGAACCAGCAUGGGACAUGCUGGCCGAUAUGCUUGACUGGGGCAUUCGGCCUACCGAGGAGCAUCUAUAAGUUUCACGGGCACACUAGAGCCACUUUAAAAUAUGGCUUUGAAUCCUUAAAUCCUUGAAUUGGGC